UAACGGCACAGUACACUCUCCGUUUGUAAAGUACUCAUCGGUUAAAGUUGCACAUCUGUAUGUACAUUGCAGAUAACGCGACUGGAAAUCCCUGAUGGAGGUCGUCGAGUAUGCGUGAUGUAGCUGGAGUGGAGUGCAAAAUGGUUGGAAGCAGAGAAUAAGUUAUAAUUGCUUUUAGAAUUCAUUCGCAUAAUGGUCUAAUCAAUAUAACCAAACACUACAGGCUCUUUGAAACAUGGGGCGCAUUCCCUACCUCGGAAAGGGCAGCGAGCGUCGAAGUUCAAUGGUUACGUCUGCUUCUCUGCUUUUGAUGUCGGUGUUUGGUUCAAUUGGAAUGGCAACCGGGUCUGUGUUACUUUUGGGACCUGAAGAUCGCAUCUCAUUGACCCGUGGAGCCUGGCUGUCUCUUUUGGGUUUAAUAUUUUUUGUGUCACUGUUUGACCUCCUCAAUCACGUUGCUUUAAGCACGUCAGUGGGUCAUAUGUUCCAAAAGAAGUAUGAACUCACACUGGCAGAAGUCAUGGAUAUAUCUAACAAGACUGUAUCAGCCGUGCAGGCAUUGCUGUCCUGUGUGACGGGCACAAUUGUCUGCAUCUGGUCAUGUACUCGCAACUUCCUUCGCUCCUCGCAUUUCCUGUCGGAAGCAUAUGCCUGGUUUGGUGCCGCUUACUUCUUUUACGACAUCUGGUCCAUGUACCGAGUGCACAGAAGCCAUGACGUGAAUGAUCGCGGUUGUCGCUUGGCUCGUCUCAAGGAUUACCUCACCAAACAGCCAGUCAUUGUGCUUCAUCACCUAUUCAUCGGUUCCUUUGGAUUGUUAGUCAUAGUGUACCUACGGGGCGGUUUGGGUGACUGUGUGUUUGGGUUUGUAUACCUCAUGGAGUUGAGCACCCCAUUCGUUUCAUUCCGUGGAAUCCUCAGCAAGUUGAAAAUGAAAUCAUCACAACUGUAUAUCAUCAAUGGCCUGGUGAUGCUAGUCACAUUUUUCUUCUGUCGUGUGGUGAUGUUCCCCUACGUCUUCUACCUGUACAGCCAGCUUGUUGGAUUGUCAUAUUGGGAGGCCCUGUGGUCACUGCCAAUUGGAUGCAAGCUCGGUGUCAGUGUACUCUUAUUGCCACAGUUUUAUUGGUUCAGCUUGAUGCUAUAUGGAGCCGUACGCGUGUUUGCCCGUCGCAGACGCCCCACCGCGAUCAUGAAGCGCACACGACUGAGCUGAUCAGGUUGGUGAGGGCGCAGGGGUACAGAAGAGCAUCAGCAAAGUCAAUUAUCUUGUACCUUAUUAGUUCCUGAUUACAUUUUGCUUUAAUGAACUGUUUCAUCAGAAGAAACAAUUUAAGACAGUCGUAAGAACUUUGCCUUGUUUGCAAAGCAAGCAUCUUACAGUCAUUAUGCCACGUCAAAGUGGUUUGUGUAGGCUUCAGUAUUAUUUUUGCAGUUCAUAAUAAAGACAGGGUUGAGAAUGUCUGUGCUGCUAUUGUAAUGUUUUGUUGUUGGGUUACAUUCAAACAAACUGGGACAAUCACGUAGCGUUGAUGUGCUGGGUCGCACUUAUGGCUUCCAGCCUUUUGAGCUUCCUUCUUCCAGUCAAAACAGAAUUAUGAUAGACUAAAUAAUAAAGUUUUGCGAGGAAACAAUCAAUAUUGCCUGUACCAUUAGCGAAGUUCUAGUCAUUUUGAGGGCACCGCUUGUCAUCACAAUUGUGCGGUAUAAACCGUGACAUUCCGAGGUGCACGUGUUUUGAAUCCGUGUUUGGGGUGACCAUCUGCUACUUUUCUGAUUUGUUUCGUCUGUGAUUCAAAAAUUGCUGAUUCUCCUCCUCACGCAAGGAAGGCAGUUAAUGCAGAUAGGCUACGUGCAAUUAACACAAAGUUAUUUCAUUUCAGCUUAAGAAUUAAGGUUGUAUUUCUGUAAAUCAGCUUUUGAAUAGUGUUCAUAUUCUCAGAAGUCAUCAGUGAACAGGAAGAUUCACACAUUACUGCAUGUUGUGCUGUAGUACUUCUUGUCUUGUGAGAGAAUGUUAAUGAUUUUCUUGACAAAGAUGUGAACUAAGAAUUACCUGUAAUUUCAACUUCAGUAAAUUUCGUGAAUAGUCCGUGAGGGGCUGAGAAUAUAAAUUACUCUUUACUGUAAUUCAAAAGUUUGAGUUGUGAUGAGAGGACACGUAGGUAUGUUAUAGAGAGAGCUUUGAAUUUUGUUAGCAUGUGCAACAGUAAUCCAUAUGAAAAUUACACAUAACGUUCAGAAAGUAGGUAGAUUUCAAAUACUGUCACAGGUAAACUUAUGCUGUAAAUAUAAACUUGACUAUUGUUAACAUUACUUUUUCAGCUGUACUUGUGGCAUUAAUGGGUCAAACAGUACCUUUAUAGCAAAGAGAAUGUAAAAAGAGGAAAAUUAUGAGUGUUAUUGUGGUAGUUGGAACAAAUGGCAAUUUAAUGUAUGGCUUGUCUGUCUUAUCAAAAUACAUUGAUGCUGAUGGAGGAGGAGUAGCAAGACAAUUGCCCCUUGUUUUGCAGAACCGGACAUGUAAUGGAUUGCCCACACAAGAGCUUCCACUUUUGUUCUUCCGUUGAAAUGUAAAUGCUUCUCAUAAAAGACUUGUACGUUUUAGAUCUGAUUAUGACAUAGAAGGUUUCCUUUGCAGUGUCAAUGCAAGGAAAUUGCUGUAACGAUAUGAUGUCAUGGCCCAUACAGUUAAAACGGUACGUAAUCAUUAUCCCGCAUUCUUCCGUACGCCUUUUUUUAUAGGCAUUGUUCAGAAUCUUCUUCCUUACGCAAAUAGCAUAAAUAAUGUGCUCUGCAUGAACAAAGGCAAGUCAGUUUUCUAGUCACUACAUGUAGUGAUGUUACAGAAUUUAAUGAAAGUACAAUUAUGCGGAGCUUUGGUACUAAAUUAGGUAGAACUUAGGAGAGGAUAUAUCAUGUUAUUUUUUGUGAGAAUAGCAUGAUGCUGCAAACCAGUUGAAAAGGUUUGUCCAAAGGGCUAAAGUGGCAUUGUCUUUUUCAGUAUACACUACAUGGGUGUGGUAAACAAACUAAAAUUUAUAGGAAGAUUUUAGAUAGAUCUGAAGAAAAAAUUGUGAAUGAAGUUGUUUUGUGUAUUUUGAGGUACAAAUGUCAGAAUGUAUACAGUAUACAAACAGUUGGAACAGCUGCAGUUGGUCACCCUGCUCAUACAUUAGAAAGCAGCAAACUUGUCAGUUUUAGUUUAGGUUUAUGUCACUUAGUAGCGCCAUUGUAUUUAUUAGAGGUUUGUGUCUCCAUGUUGUGUUUGUUUGUUUGUCGAGGCAUGUCUCUAUAGUGGAUUCCCCAUCUUGUAAUACUUGUAACUGGGUAAGCAAGAUUUUAUUGGUGAAAGGAAGAUUCAGUUGCAGUUCCAGAUAAAAUACUAACACAAGUGGUCUAUAGUGAGUUGAAAUAUUUUUGAUUGUGAGAAAGGAAACAGCACUUUGAGAAUUAGAAGCUUUUCUUCUCCUGGAAGUGAUAAAGGUUUUUGUUCAGGCACUCUCUCAUCCACACCUGCUUCCCGUAACCAUUCAAAAGUUAUUCAUAAUUACCAGCCUGUGUGGUUUUUAAUCAGCACUAGCUGAAUGUCAAGUACAUUUUGAAAAUAAUUUUUUGCCAGUUUUAGCAACAAUUUUGUAUCCUGUUUAAGCACAUUCUAUUAAAGAAAGUGUAAAUAUGUCUAUUUUAUUUGCUAAUAGAAGGCAGCUACAUGAUAAUUUUCUAUUACCUAUGAUAAUUGUUAAGAGCCUUGCCUGUUUUCUGUUGAUUUACAUCUGACAUCUGGAGAUGGUUGUGAUAUAUUUUAAUCAUCUGCAAAGGACUAACAAUGCAUUCUACUUGUUUUAUACUUGACAUACAGUUAUGCUGAAAUGCACAUGUGGAAAUUGUAUGGAACUGCAGCCCACAAAUGAGUCACUCGCAGAUAUGUGUUAAUGUGUUUGUGUCUAGGUGGCUGUUUCAUGUAGAACAAAACAAACAUGUUUUCAGAUGUUCCUAUACAAAGCUAUUUAUUGCUGUGCUAUAAUAAACAGUCAAGGUGUACUUUAAAAGAAACUCCUGUUGUACCAACAAAUAGUGCUUGAAAUGUUAUCACAGAACUAAUAUUGUUAUUUACAUUAUUUUAAAAAAAUUUAUGGAAGUGGCCCAAGGGUAUGGCUAUCUGCAGGUCAGUGGAUGGGACUUACAGGUUAGGUCUUGGGCCUUACACUUUGUCCACUAGUCAGAUCAAGUCAUAAAUGGAAUGUUUUCCUUUGUAAUCCACAGUACAUCAAGUUAGAAACCGAAUACUUAAGAGAAAUUAGGAAGGUAACUAACUACAUCUCUCAUACAAUGUACUGUACAAAUCAAAUGAUGUAUCUUUUGUACAAGAUGUGAUCUACGCAGAUUUGUGUUGUAAUCACACUCAUCUGUGUUCUGUGGAAUAGACUGAGACAGAAUCGCGUACAUUUCUUUUUAUGUGAACAUGCAUUUUAAGGUUGUUUGUUUUAUUUAGCGUGGACAGAAUGGUGUAUCCUUCCAAUUCUUUACAGCUAUAACAAUAAAAAUUGUUCCAACAUUGUGAAGAUUA